UUUCUUAGGCUUUCUUAUAUUUAUCAUUCUACAUAAUUAUUUACAGAUCCAUGAAUAUCUUGACAAGUUUGUUGUUGGACAGACUGAAGCAAAGAAAACUCUGUCAGUCGGUGUUUACCAACAUUAUAGGCGGUUAGAAUAUAAUGCAGAAGUAUGUGCUGCUGAGCAAGCGAAGAAGACUAUGGAAUUAGCUCGUCAAAGCAUGAUCGCUCCUCGAGGAGUUUUAUUUCAAGAUGAUAUCCGUGCUGCAAGUGUUGGCGUUUAUGAAACUAUUCAGCAAUCGAAUGCUGGACCGCAAACGUCAUAUUUUCGCUCUUUUCCAGAAGUCAAUAAUACAAUUCGUUUGGAAAAAUCAAAUAUUCUGUUACUUGGUCCAUCUGGUGUUGGCAAAACUUUUAUUACGCAAAUUUUGGCAAAAAUAUUGGAUGUUCCAAUUGCUCUAUGUGAUUGCACUUCGAUGACUCAGGCCGGUUACGUCGGAGAUGAUGUGGAGAGUGUAGUGCAAAAAUUGUUGCAAUGUGCGAAUGGAAAUGUGGAACGGGCCCAACAAGGCAUCGUUUUUCUGGAUGAAAUCGACAAGAUAGCUGCCACACAUAGUAUGCAUACUCAUGCAUACAGAGAUGUUAGUGGUGAAGGAGUCCAACAUGCUCUUCUCAAGCUUGUUGAAGGAAAUAUUGUUUCUGUGAAAAGUAUACGAAAGCCAAUAGGGUCUUCACAAGAUACAGUGCAAAUUGAUACAAAGGACAUACUGUUCGUUGCUUCAGGCGCAUUCACUGCUCUCGAUCGAAUCGUUGGAAAAAGAUUAGAUAAACAAUUAAUGGGUUUUGGCGUUAAAAGCGGAGAUGUAAGGAUCACCGAAGAUGACAGACUUGAAAGUGCGAUCGCUCGAAAAAGAGAUGAACUUUUGCGUCAAGCAGAUCAAGGAGAUCUCAUAAAUUUUGGCCUUGUUCCUGAGCUUGUUGGACGAUUUCCAAUUAUAGUGCCUUUUCAUAGUCUUGAUAAGGAUAUGCUUGUACGAGUCUUAACGGAACCUUCCAAUUCAUUGUUAGCGCAGAUGAAGUUAUUAUUUGCUAUUGAUCGGAUACGGUUAACUUUUGCAGAUGACGCUUUAGAAGAAAUGGCUAAUAUGGCUCUAGAGCGUAAAACUGGAGCACGCGCAUUACGUUCUAUAUUAGAAAAGGUUUUGCUUGAUGCUAAAUAUACAGCACCAGGUAGCGACAUCGACUCAAUUCAUAUUACAAAGAACUGCGUGAAAGGUAUAGAAGAAUAUGAAUUAACGCGGCGAGUUGAUUCUACGUCAGUGUCCGUUGCACAGUAA